UGACUGUUUUUUGAUGAUUGCUUUAUUUUUUGAUUGCUUCAUGAUUGAUUGAUUGAUUGAUUGAUUGAUAGGGUAGUGGGUACCGAGUUAAGUUUCACACGGAACUACAUUGGUUGUAACAGAAAACAUCCUGUUUAGACUAAGAAAAAGAGUUAACAAUAAUGUGAUGGUGUGUAUUUCACAGAAUGGUGGAUUUUUGAGACACCAUGAGUGAGAGCAAAGUUGAUGAAACAGCUUUAUCAGAUAAGCAACGUGCACGUAUUGAACGAAAUCGACAAAGAGCGUUGCUUCUACGUUCUGCUCGUUUGACGUCACAUCCUUAUGCUGAGUCAGCAGAUAAGAAGAAAUUAAUCACGGUUGGUGGCUCACGAUUGGUUGAUAGUGGAGGAGGGUUUUUAUUGGAACCAGAUGAUGAAGAAGAACUUUUAUGUGCUGCUGAUUUAAUUGACCAACCUGCUCCCGUCCUUGGUGAGAAGAAAGAUGUUUGUGAAGACUGCAACACCAAAUUUUCUGAAUCGUACUUAUUAAAACAUUUCGACGUAAAAGUCUGCGACGGAUGUAGGGAUAAUGAAAAACACGUGCUGGUAACAAAAACAGAGGCCAAACAGAACUACUGUUUAAAAGAUUGUGAUUUUGAUAUUCGUGAACCUCCUCUACAAUUUAUUGUGAAAAAAAAUCCACACAAUGAACGCUGGGGAGAUAUGAAACUUUAUUAUAACAGACAGGUGUACGAUCGUGCAAUGGAAGUGUGGGAAAAUGAAGAGUCGUUAGAAGAACACAAAGAAAAACGAAGCGAAAAUAAAGAGAAAAUGAAAAAGAAAAGAUAUGAAAAGAGAAUUAAAGAUCUUCGACAAGCUGUUCGCACAAGCACUUGGCAUAAAGAUUUAUCAAAACACGUCCACGAAUACGAUAGUGAGAAUGAAACCUACGACGAAGAAGAAGAUAUGUACUCGAAAAAAUGCAAAACUUGUGAACACGUGUUAACCUAUGAAAAAAUGUGAUCACGUGAUAAAAAUAUUGUCACAUGGUAGGGAAUAGUCACAUGACGUGACCGAAGUCGCACAGUUUUUUUACUUUGAUGAAAACAACUGUUUUCACUUUUUUAAAAGUGAUUGUAUAAUACUUCAAAAAUUUAUUUAUAUGAAAAAGAUCUGAGGAUUUUACUUU